AUGAGGCAGUCCUCUCAGGACAGUUUUUCACAGGUGUUCAUCGAUCUAGAGAGUUUUUCUGAGACCCUAGUUGAAAAAGUUGGACUAGAAACCUCAAAGACUCCAACCUGCAUCCUAUUUGAUGAAAAUCAACAGUUUGUCAGCUUCGGAUAUAAAGCCAGACAAACAUAUUUAAAAAAAAACGGCAGAGAUUCCAGAGCGAAGUUCUUCUUUGAUUGCUUUAAGAUGUCUCUCUAUGACAAAAAAAUCACCACAGAUCUGACAAUUAAAGCGGCCAAUGGGAAGGAAAUGAAAGCUUUGAAGGUUUUUACAGAAGCUCUAAGAUUCCUGAAAGAUGAUGCUCUGAAAACCAUCGCAAAAAACACAGAAGGGAGAAAGUUCUUGGCCUCUGACUUCACCUGGGUGCUGACUGUUCCUGCCAUUUGGGAUCUUUCAGCUAAACAGUUCAUGAGAGAAGCUGCAACCCAGGCAGGUAUUAUGACAGAUGGAACAGAAAACAAUCUGGUGAUUGCUCUGGAACCAGAAGCAGCUUCAGUCUAUUGUAAAAAACUACCAUCUGAGGGUUUUGUGGCAGAAAACCUGGGAGAAAACAAACUUGACAGAUCUCCAGGAACUCGGUACAUCAUUGUUGAUUGUGGAGGAGGAACCAUUGACAUCACUGUUCAUAAAGUCCUUAAAAGAGGAGUUCUGAAGGAGCUGCACAAGGCCUCUGGGAACAAUCUAGGAGGACAAACUGUGGACAGAAAAUUUAAAGAGUUCCUCAGAGACACGUUUUCUGCUGCAGUCUGGGAUGAAUAUGAAAAAAACUAUCCCAGUGAGGUUCAAAGAAUAAUGUAUGACUUUACACUUUUCAAAAAAUGUGAUGAUGAUGUAGAAAUCAUCUGUCCACUAAACCUAGGCAUGAUGGCUCAGAAAAAACAGAACAUUGAAGAGUACUUUAAACGAGUGCAAGGAGCAUCUUGGAAUGAGGGAUCAAUCAAAAUAACGAAGCAGACACUGAGAUCUUUCUUUGAAGACAGUCUGUGGAGCAUCACCCGGAGUCUCAGAGGAAUCUUGAGCAAAAGACUCAACAUUGAGUACAUUCUGUUAGUGGGAGGUUUUGCUGAAAGUCAGAUUCUACAGAGAUACAUCACUGAUGAGUUUAUUGAUGACUGUAAAGUAUUGUGUCCCAUUACGCCCCAAGAAGCAAUUAUGAAGGGAGCUGUAGAGUUUGGAAGAAACCAAGGUGUAGUGGCAUCAAGAAAAAGUGCCUAUACUUAUGGAGUAAGUCUUUUAGAGCGGUUUAAUGAGUCAAUUCACAGGGCAGACAAGAAAUACACAAACAAAGAGGGAGACUUUUGUAGGGAUAUUUUUGGAAAACUGGUUGAAAUUGAUGAGGAUGUUGGUUGGAAUGAAACCAGAGAGCACUUUAUGUAUCCUAUAGAAAGAGAUCAAACACAGAUAACUCUUGCAUUUUAUCGCACAAAGAAAAAAAAGCUCACGUAUGUGGAUGAGCCAAAAGUGGAAGAAAUUGGCUCAUUUGUUGUUCAGUCCCCUGACACCACACUUGGAAUGGAGCGUGAGAUCGACCUAGAAAUAAAGUUUGGAUCCACAGAAAUGACAGCAACGGCCACUGACAAAGAGUCAGGCUCAGUACACACAGUUAUCCUGAAUUUCAUGAGCAGCGGUGUCAAACCAACCAGCAGGUGGUGCAGAUCAUUUCCAUGCUACGGCAAACCCUCAAUGCCCAGUCCACCACACAGACUGAACAAUGCGGAGAGAAAUUAUGACGACGGAGAUAGGGAAUUACUGGCUAUCAAAGCUGGAACUAAGAACGCUAAACCACUCUCCACACAGUUUGCAGGUGAUGAGUCUGUAAAGGAGCCUGCGCCCAUCUUACCGCCUAAUUGGACGGUCGGGGCGCUCAGGUGGGAGAUGGAAGACGUAAUCCACAGAGCACCUCAACAAGAGCCCGACCCCGGCACAGGUCCACCCAAUCAUACCUACGUCCCACUUCAGUCCACCAACACAUCCGUUGCUGCAAGACCAUUUGGAACUCCACCAUUCAAACCCUCCAACGAACUGGAGAACAGAAUAAACGGUUCACUGAUCAUCAACCCCGACCUGCCCCGGACUAUCAGCCUGGCCAAAAAGUCUGGUUAUCUGCACAUGACGUACCAUUAA